CUGGGACAUGCGCAUGCGCGGAAAGAGAACGGCGGAAAUGGUUGGCGAUCUGACAGAAGCACAGCGACAAUGGACGCUGCACUGUUUUAAGACACAAAGAGACACACUACAGUCUCAUCUCUGUAACGCGAGGGAGAUUUACUAAUGCCUUGAACAUGGGGAACGUUUGUCGAACAGCAGCGAUAGCUUUAUACCUCUGGGGUCUCUUUAUGCAGUUCAGUCGUCUGUCAGCUCUUGGGGUCAAUGAACUGCUGUAUUUCCGGGUCAUCAGUCCAGAGGAGAUAGGCUACCUCUUCAGUGCUGCACCUGCUAAAGACUUUGGAGGCACUUUCACAUCAUUUUACGAUGAGAUUUUUCUCGUGCCAGCAGACCCUGCAGAUGGAUGCUCAGAGUUGACGGACAGAGAGAUCCUUCAAGGACAAGUGAUCCUGGUGGAAAGGGGGUACGCAUACAUGCCUCUGUACCAUUUUGACAUGGUCACUGAUGGAAGCACUGCCAAACCAAGCAUACCUGCUCUUUUCUUGUUAGGACGGGAUGGGAUGAUGAUCAGAAGAUCUCUUCAGAGACAAGCACUGCCUUGGGCUGUCAUUUCAAUUCCUGUCAAUGUUUCUGCUUUGGCCUCGUUUCCAUUCAAGCAGCCUCCUUGGACUCUUUGGUAGAAAUGACUCACUCACAAAUUCAUCCAAUAAACAGUUUCUGUCAUUGGUGCACAACAUGUAAAUUGCAACUAAAUCUGAAGCCUCACAAGGACAUUUCUGAUUAUGGUUGGCACGUGCACCUGCGCUAAGUCACUAAAUCUAACAUAUAGAAUGAUUGCACUCAGAGCCUGUAGAGUAUGGGAGAAACUUGUUUAGCCACUGAACCUGGAACAAAUCAUCAAAUAAAAAACGAAACCUGCAUGCUCAUUCUUAGUGCUUAGCUAAACUUGUGUGUCCAGGAAAACAGUCUCCAGGAACUUGUGUUCAGAUGCUUUGUAUGUCGUUUUGGUUACGAAACUGUGAAAAAAUGUUGAGAAACAGAAACGACCUUCCUUCUGUUUUAUCAAAUAGUCGAAACUGCAGGGGGGAAAAACCAGGCCAUUACAUUCCUGUUUAUGUGCAUCAGCUUGUAACAGUGUGGUUCUCUUGUGUGAAUGGAAAAAUUUUUUUCUCAUUAUGGAUAAGUAGAAACUUCAAUUUAAAAAAAAAAGAAAAAUUGACUUGUUUGAUAUUUUAGUGCCUUUUGUCUGUGCAUUUUAGUUAGUUCACUGACACAUUUGUUUGUAGUUUCGGUAAACAGGACUGAUGAAAAUUAAAAGCAUGAGAUGCCACGAAUAGCCUUGCUGAAAAUAAUAAUAGACAUUGUGAUGAUAUUGCAAAGACAUGUUAAUCUGCACAAAGUUAACUGGAAGGCAGCUAUUGUAAAGCUCUAAAGAGAGCUUUGACUGCUCUGGAAACACCAUGUCAGAGUUCACCCUAGUGAAAAUAAUUGCCACUACAUUAUCCUGUAUUUUAUUUUUAAGAAUGUCCUGAUUUGAAUAGGCUUUGUAAAUAA